GUUCUCAUAACAUGCCUGACGAAAAGAAACUUCCCUGGGGAAUCAAUACAACAAAGCCUGGCUCUGCAAAGACCCUUACGAAAACUAAGCUACAAGCCUUUAGUAUUGGUACUCAUAAAAAGACUCCUUUUCAAAAGCAUAAAGAAGAAUUAGAACAGAAAAAAAAGCAAGAGUCUGAAGAAGCUGCAAAAGUAUAUGCUGAAUUCGUAGCAUCAUUUGAAAAAGACGAAGGAGGUGGAAAAACCUUUGUUAAGGGUGAAACUAUUGUACCUAAAUUAUUAUUUGAUCAUGAAGCGAUAAAUAUUAAAAAAGAAACACCUGAUCCAACGACUCCACCAAAACUAUAUAAGCCGCAAGCUUUUGUUCCCGCAGUAGUAACUAUUAAACAAGAACCGAUUGAGAUUAAUAUAGAGGACAUAGAAAAGAAUGAAGACGAAGAAAAACAAGAUGAAAAGUCUAAAAAAAAGCGUAAUCUAGAUUCGUUCUUGGAAGAAAUUAAACGUGAGCAAGAAGAAAGAGAAGAUCGACUGAGGCAAAAACAUGCAAAAUUAGCCGGUGCAGGUGUUACAUCAGUUUGUACAAAUGAUUUAGAAACUACUGGUAGCGAUGAAUUCGUACCUACUUCUCUUACGGUUAAGGCAGCUUUUGAAGACCGACCUGGAUCACACGAUACCGGUGAUCCAAAUACGACAAAUUUAUAUGUUGGCAAUAUAAGUCCUGAGGUUAAUGAAGAAAUGUUAUGUAAAGAGUUUGCAAAAUAUGGUCCUAUAGCUAGUGUGAAGAUAAUGUGGCCACGUACUCAGGAAGAAAAGGAUAGAAACCGUAAUUGUGGGUUUGUCAGUUUUAUGGAUCGUGAAUGUGCUGCUAUAGCCUUGAAAAAUAUGGACGGAAGAGAAUUGCUUGGCUAUGUUAUGAGAGUUGUGCUGAAUGAAGGUGGGCGGCCACCACCAAGCGGAUUGCCUUUUAACGCGCAAAUGGUUCAUACAAACAAUUAUGCUAACGUACCACCGCCUGGCUCGACUCCAGCUGUUUUAAAAGGCCCUCGGCUUGAGGUACACGUUGCGCGGCCAGAAGAUCCACAUAUUGUAAAAAUAAUACAUCGUAUGGUAGAACGCGUUGUGAAAUAUGGACCACCGUUCGAGGCUAUCAUAAUGGAUCGUGAAUGGAAUAAUCCCAAAUUUGGAUUCUUGUUCAAUAACGAUGUAAUAUUAUAUUCUGUUCUCCAAGGCGAUUCAAAGAAUAAAUGGCGCACUGAGGCUUUUCACAUGUUUAAUGAAGGACCUAUAUGGGUUCCUCCGGAGAUACCUUUUGAUGAAGACGCAGCGGAUGAGCUAUUGGACUCCGAUGAAGAGGAUGAACGAGAGAGGGAGCGUGUUCCAAAAGGGACACUUGGUCCUAAAGCAAAACAUCGGUUAGAAGUAAUGCUACGGAAAUUAACCUAUGAAAGAGGCGUUAUCGCAAAGGCAAUGGCCUUUUCCAUUGAUCAUUCUGACGCGGCUGAUGAGAUAGUAGAUAUAAUCUGCAAAACACUUGUUAUUAAGGAAACACCCAUUCCAACUAAAGUUGCUCGACUAUAUUUGGUAUCCGACAUUCUACAUAACAGUAGUGUUUCCGUGCCGAAUGCGUGGAAAUUCAGGACAGUUUUUGAAAGUAGAUUACCGGAAAUAUUUGAACAUUUGAACGAAGUAUAUAGAUCUAUUGCGGCCAGAUUGAAAGCAGAAACUUUUAGGCGUCAAAUCACAUCAAUUCUCACCGUGUGGGAAAACUGGAUUGUUUUUCCCCAACCAUAUAUUGAAUCUUUAACAAACACUUUCAUGAAGCUUACAAAAGAAGGUGAUAAAAUUCAAAACUCUUCAAUAUCACAACCAGUAUCACAGCCAUCCACCACAUCAUCAUCUGUAAAUGGUAGCACGAAAGUUAUAGAAAUAUAA